CACACCUCCCCUUCCCAGCACUGCACCACCAACUAGCACUGUCUUGUUAAAAUCAGAUGUUACUUGGAACAGCACUGAUACUGGACAUUUCAAGUAAGAGACAGCAAUAUCCCUGGUUUGUGAAACUGCUGCGGGACGAGGAAGUUGUCCAGUUUUGCUUUUCUAAACUACAUUGAAAUCUGCAGACCACCUAAACAUGAAGACUGCCACGGUUCUAAUAUUCUUCUUCACUAUUUCUUUGUCUAAUAUGCACCUUCAGGAGCACAAAGAAAAGACGCAACAAGAAAGAACAUCAUUUGCCAGCUACCCAGCAGGACCUAAAGAAGACUGGGCCACCAAAGAAAGGUCUAACUCCGCUGAUUAUGAAACUGCAAGUAGUAAGCCAGAAGCAGGAAGAUACACAAAACCUAAGAAAAAUAUAAUGAAAGACCAAGCAAACGUUAAUACAUGGCCGGGAGCUAAUGUAAUGUUCAAAGACUUUUUCGAAGCAUUUAAAAAGAUGUUGGAAAUGAUCCAGAACUGGAAUAACAAGUGUUACAGAGUUCCAGAACGAUGGCCCACUUGUUUAAAAGUAAGUCAACAGGACAAGAAACAUCUAGCAGACGCUUUAACGGAGCUUGGUUUCCUCAUCUACAAGACUAUAUCACUUCACAGCCAAGAGGACAACUUUGUGUUUUCGCCACUUAGUAUUUCAGCACUGCUUUCUCAGCUUCUUUUAGGGACUAGAGGUGAAACCAAAGAUCAGCUUGAAGAAGCCCUUCAGUAUCCCAAAGAUUUCACCUGUGUACAUGAGGCAUUGAAAAAGAUUUUAACUUCUAGACCCUUCCUGUCGGCUUCUCAAAUCUUCAUCCAUCCAGAUAUGAAGCUGUAUGAGUCUUUCCUCGAGCAGUCAGAUUUCUACUAUGGUAUACGUCCACAGAAGCUGACCAACGACAGUGCAAAAAAUGUACAGAUGGUCAAUAACUGGAUAUCAGAGUACACUAAUCACAAGAUCCCCGAGCUGGUUGAUGAUGUUUCCCCAGAUGUACAAAUGAUUCUUCUCAAUGCAGUAUACUUUCACUCAACAUGGAAGACUGUCUUUAACAAGUCAGAAACAGAGAACAAAGAGUUCUUCAAAACCAAAGAUAAAGUGAUUUUAGUUCCAACAAUGACAAGUGAAAAGUAUGAACUGGCAUCCACUACUGACCACUUACUGCAUGCCAAGGUUGGAAGAUUUCGCCUGUCUGAUAGCAGCAGUGUUAUCAUAAUAAUGCCACAGUCGAUAUCACAGCAACUGUCUGUAAUUGAGGCAAAGUUAACUUUGCCUAUAUUUUUGGCCUUGAUAAAGAAGCUUCAGAAAACCAGCUUCAGAGAAACAAUUGUUUCACUGCCUAAAUUCAAAGUGGACUUCAAGCAAGAUCUAAUGCCGAUAAUGGAGACUUUGGGCAUCAUGGAGACCGUCACUAGUCCUAACCUAUGCGGCAUGUCAAACCAAGCGGGCCUUUUUCUCACAGAUGCGAAACAUCGGGCUGUGCUGGAACUCAAUGAGGAAGGCGUGGAGGCCGCUGCUGCCAGCAGCAUCACCCUAUCACGAACAGCUAGUUUCUUUGAAGUGAAUCAGCCCUUCCUUGUGGUCAUUUGGGAUGACCAGCUAGCCUACCCCAUCUUCAUAGGAAGGGUUCAAGAUCCCAGCAUAAAAGCUUAAUACAACUGUUGUUUAUACACUUGUGCCAUACCUACAAGAGUAUUGGAUAAAGGGAGUUUACUUAUUGAGUUCCAUGAGAAAGCAAAAGUACUAAAAUAACAGUUUUGAUCAAAUUAUUGCAAGCACAUUUAGGUGGCAGAAUUCCAACAAGCAUAUUUACCCUGCUUAAUUUGAAAUUAACAUCUGAUGUCUAUCAAAUAUUUAUACUUUACAAAUCACACUUGACAUCUGAGGCAUACUCAUUUCAUGCCUGUCCUGUAUACACUGAACAAAGCAUGCAAAGUCAGCCAUUGUUAAGCCUGCACUGCAUGCAGUGAAUAAACUGUAUAAAAAUGAUAACUGCAAGGUCUGCCCUUUAUAGACUAAAAACCUGUACAAUGGAGAUAUUAAUUACUAAGUAAAAUGUUCAUGAAGGAACGGUAUUUGUACGUCUGCUAGCCACUUAGCCGCACAAAAAAAGUUAUGCAUUAUAUGUCCGUAAAUUCAUCCUUCUUGGAAAUUAAGUCAGUAAUUCUAAUUUGAUCAUAUGCGACUGAAGGCAGCACCUAGAAACAGCUGUAACAGCUAUGGCUAAGUCUGUCUCAUACAUACUGAAAGUAGAGCUGGCUUGUGGAUUAUCACUGUUAAACUGCCCAAGUUUAAGACAUUUAAUCUGAAUUAAGUUAUCAAAUACGUAUCACAUGGGUGCUGUCAUAUUUAGGUACCCUCACACGAGAGUCCUUGGGAGCUGCUAAGAAAGUAACCAUUUCAACUACAUCAACUUCAAGAGUGAGAAAUUAAUAGGGUUGACCUUGUACUCUCAGGAUAAUAAUCCACACUGUAAUCAUCUGUGGUCUUUAUGUUGGAUGGUGCACUCCCAAAAGGAAAAAAACACCAUUUUAGACCACAAUUAUGAUGCUGAACAGUUUUUUUCUCCUCAGUCUUGUUAGUGUUACUUGCUUCUGAAUGCUGCACAAAUUGCUGACGCAGCCUUGUCUUAGAUGGGAUACUGUGUAGUAUGCACACAUAAACCCAUUUCACGCCAGGCUGCUGAAGCAAUAUGCAUAGUACAUCACCUCAGCGAGAAAAUGUCCCACUCAAGUGCAGGGUAUUAUUACAUGCUGUUUAAACUCACAAUGGCAGGAUAUAGUUAAUCACUAGUUUUAGGACUAGUAAUUAAAUAAUCACUACACCAGCUAAAGAAUGCAGUGCAGCCUUUUUUAGCAGAUUUUACUUAUACAGGCUGUAGCAAAAGUAGGGAGUUAAACUCCACUAAGCCUGUCUUCUGCACCUGAACAGCACUAAGGAUGUGUGCAUUACUGAGUGUGCCUUAUAAACAACGGAUAACAGCUCUGUGUCAGAAUGCGUUUCUGAACUGGUCACAUAUACACCUAAGGGAUGCUGCAUUUCUGAACUGGUCACAUAUACACCUAAGGGAUGCUACAUUUCUGAACUGGUCACAUAUACACCUAAGGGAUGCUGCAUUUCUGAACUGGUCACAUAUACACAUAAGGGAUGCUGCAUUUCUGAACUGGUCACAUAUACACCUAAGGAAUGCUGCAUUUCUGAACUGGUCACAUAUACACAUAAGGGAUGCUGCAUUUCUGAACUGGUCACAUAUACACCUAAGGAAUGCUGCAUUUCUGAACUGGUCACAUACACACCUAAGGGAUGCUGCAUUUAUGAACUGGUCACAUAUACACCUAAGGAAUGCUGCAUUUCUGAACUGGUCACAUACACACCUAAGGGAUGUUAAGCACUGAUACUUGGAGGCAGCAGCUUUAUCUUUGCAUGCUGUGAUGGGAGUUAGUUGCAUUGUUUGUGGUGUACAAAUGACCAUUGUAGAGCUUUCCUAACCUUCAAAUCUUUUUUUGAUCCCAGCUCCCAUUAAAUCUCUCUAAAGUUACUAAAUGAUGACUAAUAGCUACAGGAACUCUCAGUGACAUAUUUAAAAAAACUAUAUUAAAAAGAUGUUUAAGCUUGCUUAUAUUCCUUCAUAAUUUUUGUAGCAGCAAACAAGAUUAUAAUAUUUUAGAAUUUGAGCAACAUUCCUAUCUGAAGCAUCAGUAUUUGUCAGUAAAAAUAAAUCAUUUACCUAUCAUUUUUGUAAUAUUAUAUUACUGACAAUUGAAUUAUAAUUUGUAUUUGCUUUCAUUGUAGUUUGGACUUCAAUAAAGAUUUAUUUUCAUCUUGA